GAGCUCUGAAGUUCCCUUCCAAGCCCCGCAGUUCUGGGAUUCUUCUGCUGCCUCCUAUCCUUGCCCAUGGUUAUCCAAGGGACGGGAUGCUGUGGGGUGACAGGGCAGCAAUAGCUGUGUGUGCCACAGAGCUGCUCAGGCCCUGUGUCCGCAGUGCAUUCCUUUAUCCCAUUCUGUUCCAGCAUCUGCCUGGAGCUGGAGACCUCAGCGUGCUGCGUGUCAGCCCUGUGCUCGGCUCCCUUCUCCAUUUCAGCCUUCAUUGCACAAAUGUUACUAUCUUUGCGGAGCUGCUGGGAGCACUUCAUGGGGGUAGAAGAGAAUAAAGUAAUGCGGUCGUUUGCUCUGACAAAUCUCCUUUCUGGCUUGGAGGGAUCAAGCACUGCCUGCAAUGUGAGGCUGCUCCCACAGCUACCAGAGGCAGGGGUUUUACAACAGAGAGAAUUUACAGAGUAAUGACAUCCACGGAGAGGUUGGAAUCUCAACACCCAGCGUGAAAGAAACAGAACUUGAGCAGAGUUUGGACAGGAAUUCAUGGGGAGAAAUUAAGAUAUCUGAGUGAGAAUUCAGGCAGUUCUGCUCGAAGCCUUUUACAAUAUUUUGCAUAUUUUUUCUCUCCUUGUGAAUGACUCAUCCUUGGGUAAAAGUAACAACGCUGAGACGUUCAGGAGGAUGAGACUGAAUGGGGUCACAGCGUGGGAUAACGAUUUGUCUGUCAAGUACCACGUCUCCCAUGCAGUACAUGGAAGUUAUCAUUAAUGCAAACACAGAGGUGAAAUGAUAAAAUAAAAGAGAGCUUUUGCAUAUCACAGCAGACAGUUGUAACCUUUCAAAGCGAUCAGACAAGAGUUCUGAAGAUGAGUCAAAAUGUAAUAUCACUGAAACAAGAAUGAUUAGAUUGGUGACGUUCAUACAAGUGUGUUUUUCAAGCAGCAGCACAGUCAGACAAUUCAGAUGAUAUCAGAAGUACAAAUAAUUUCCUGUCACAGCCAGUAUCAGGAUAUAUUUGAGUGUAAUCUCAUGGUAAAUGAGCAGGACAGCUGGACAGAAUGCAACUUUACCAGGCUUGCAGAGCACAUAUCUGAGUGUUCUGGCUGCUUGAGUGUGUAUGAUUAACCCACGAAGCAAUUCUUUGUUCUUAAUGGGCUCAAAGUGCAAUAAGGAAUCUGAAAGACAUCCUCCCGAAAUCAGCAUUAAAUUGAGUGGUGAAAAAGCAAUUUUGCAUGAACGUAACAGCAGAAAUGAAAAUGUGCUAUGGGGCAGUUUUUGCUCCAUAUUAAAGAUGUGGUUUAUUUGCUUGGGUGAGCAGGUGCAAAGCAGACUCACAUUGAUCCCAACCACUGUCAGACACGCACUGACCCACGCACUGUUCCUCGUGCCAUAUACUCACCACUUAAACAGAGGAACUCGCAGGUUCAUAGCCAAGAACAUUAUGAAGCUGCAGCGCCUGGGGAUAACCCAUGUUCUGAAUGCAGCAGAGGGGAAGUCAUUCAUGCAUGUGAACACUAAUGCAGAAUUCUAUGAAGGCACAGGCAUCACAUACCAUGGCAUUAAAGCUAACGAUACGCAGGAAUUUAACCUCAGUCGAUAUUUUGAGGAGGCAGCUGAUUUUAUUGAGAAAGCACUUUCCCAGAAGGAUGGACAAGUGUUUGUGCAUUGCCGUGAGGGCUACAGCCGUUCUCCUACGCUGGUCAUCGCCUACCUCAUGCUUCGCCAGAACAUGGAUGUCAAGUCUGCUUUGGUCACUGUCCGGCAAAAGAGAGAGAUUGGCCCUAACGAUGGCUUUCUAAGGCAGCUUUGUCAGCUAAAUGAGCAAUUAGUGAAGGAAGGCAAAGUGAAGCCCUGAAACAGAGCACUGUAGUAUUUUUGAGUGUUUUCUCAAACCAUCAGAGGAUGUAUUAAGUGCUUUAGAUUCCUAACCCCCCCCCAACCGCCAAGCUAAGUCACGUUGUGUGAGGGAGACAGAAUUCCUGCUCUUGUCUAGCGAAGGGAUCUUUCUCAAACUGUGGGUCUGUCUUUCAAGAUGGCACAACGUUGUGUCACUUGUUGGAGUUGUUGCAGUAUAGAGGUGUCUUUAGAGGGGUGGCUCGGGUGAGAACAGCUGUUCACACAUAUUUCAGUGCCCCUUUGCAGGCUUUAUAACAUGCUUUGCAUUGACAUCCCGUUGCCUCAUUCAAGCUUUGUAUUUUAUUCCACCGGAGCACUGUUUGCUGAGAGCCCCCAUACAUCUCUCACUCUUCAUUGAAGUACUGUGUUUUCUAAAGCUUCUUUUUCAUGCACACAGGUGCCUCGAGUUUGAGUGUAGGAGCUUCAAGGAAUGGAGCAGCAUAUAUGCAAAUGCACAGAUGCACUCUUGUAAAAAGAAAUAUGCAGUGUUGUGUUCAGUGUGGAUAUAUGCAAUACACAGUGUGUGGUAGUAAAGCCAUCCAGAGCCUGACCUUGAUGCACACUGUAUUUCCAAGACUAUUUGUACCACUCGCUGUUGUGAUUGACGUGACAUAGUCUGAUAUUAAAGUUUAUUUUUAUUAUAAACUCUCACUCUAAAGAAAAUGUGGAGUAAAUAUUGAGAAAAGAACUCCAGCAAGGGAAGAAGAAUGGCUGUACUUAGGAGUGCUUGUACUGGGUGUAUGAUAAAGCAUGAAGUAUCAGAUUGGAAUGGCUUCUGAGGUUUGUACUGAACCACAGUCUCCCUGUCCUUAUGCUGUUGCUGUUUAUUUAUGUGGAAUAGCAAGAUUAUAUCUACAGAUUUCUUCCAGCAUUGUAGUACAGGUGUGCUUACAGAGCAUUUUGUUGGUACACUCUGACUUGAAUUAUUUGCAUGGCUCCAUUCAAUAGAAACAAACGUUGUUACAUGCCACGUGGAACAGAAAGCAUUUCCUUUCUAUUAAAAUAAAUCAUACCUUGAUUCUGUUGGA